AUGCAUUGGACCCCUUUCAUAUUAAUCUGGCUGUCUUUGCUACCUGUGGAGGCAGUGAAGUCGUUCCUGUUCAAGAAAUGCAGCGAAUCAGGAUUUUGUUCCAGAAACAGACAUUUCGCUACGGAGGUCGAAAAGCUGGGAACGGAGUAUGACUCAAGGUACUCCAUCGAUCUGGAGUCGCUUAAGGUCGACCCUUCUGCCGGAAAUUUACAUGCCACACUGCUUAAGAUGCUCAAUGAUGGAUCAUUCGUGUCAUUGGAUAUGAACAUUAGCGUUCUGGAAGACGACAAUCUGAGAUUACAGAUCGACGAGGCGGACAGAAAGCCAGUUGUCGACCAUGUGGCCAGCCGUCGGUUUAAUGAGACGGCCAAAUGGGCGUUGGCAGGUCAACCUCGUCUGCAAUCAUUCAGGCAUUCCGUGGACUCGGAAAAAAUCACUCUUGAAUUUCACGCAUACCGUGUUGAGAUUGAGCUUCACCCCUUCAAGAUUACGUUUUUGCGUGAUGAGAAAGCUCAAUUGGUCCUCAAUGACCGAAAUUUCUUGAACAUCGAGCACUACAGAACAAAAGAGCAGGAAAACGCAGAUAAUUCUAUUCAUGUUUCUCCUGAGGAGUCUACUUUUGAUGCCUACACAGACAGUUUCAAAGAUUCUCGAGACGAUAAGCUGCCGUUGGGCCCAGAAUCUGUGGCGUUGGAUGUCUCUUUCCUUGGCGCCAAAGCUGUUUACGGUAUUCCAGAGCAUGCGGACUCUUUUGCACUCAAAGAUACGACCGACACAGAUCCUUACAGGCUGUACAAUGUGGAUAUUUUCGAGUACGAAACACAAAGCAAAUACCCAAUGUACGGCUCAAUUCCGUUCAUGAUUGGACUCGGCGAGACCGGAAGCGCUGGAGUGUUCUGGCUGAAUAGCGCAGACACCAACAUUGACAUCAAGAAAUCUGCGAGCCAAAUCCAGACUCACUGGAUAUCGGAAAGCGGAAUUUUGGAUAUUGUCCUCUUUGCUAAAAAGACUCCAACCCAGGUUGUGCAGUCGUACAGCAAACUCACAGGUCACUCAGCCCUGCCAAACAUUUUCUCUCUUGGAUAUCACCAGUGCCGGUGGAACUAUAAUGACGAAGAGGAUGUUCUGGACAUCACCGCAAAAUUCGACGAGUCGUUAAUUCCAUUUGAUGCUAUUUGGUUGGAUAUCGAGUACACCGACGACAAGAAAUAUUUCACGUGGAAAAAAGAGUUAUUCCCAGACCCUGAGCGCAUGAUGGGCAAAUUGGGCGAGACAGGACGAACCUUGAUUGUGAUUAUUGACCCUCAUCUCAAAGUUGGCUACGAUGUUAGCGACGCGGUUGUUGACAAAAAACUGGGUAUCCGCAAAAACGACGGCUCGGAGUUGUACCACGGACACUCGUGGCCAGGUGAGUCUGUGUGGAUCGAUGGCAUGAACCCGGCUGCACAGCCGUUUUGGGAUAGCUUGUUUGCCAAUGGGUCGCGCCUGCUUGGGUCUGCUACCAAUGCUCAUCUUUGGAAUGACAUGAACGAACCGUCAAUUUUCAACGGCCCAGAAACUACUGCUCCUCGAGACCUGAUCCAUUACGGUGACUGGGAGCACCGCUCGGUCCAUAAUGUGUGGGGCCUUACUUUCCACGAGAUGACAUACAAUGCUCUGAUAAAACGCAACCCUGACCAGCGGCCAUUCAUUUUAACCAGAUCGUUCUACGCGGGCUCCCAGCGCACGGCUGCCAUGUGGACAGGAGAUAAUAUGGCCAAAUGGGAAUACAUGCGCGAGAGUAUUCCCAUGGUGCUCACUAUGAACGCCGUGGGCUUUCCGUUUGCAGGGGCAGACAUUGCAGGAUUUUUCGGUAACCCCGAUAAAGAAAUGCAAGUCAGAUGGUAUCAAACCGGCAUCUGGUAUCCAUUUUUCCGUGCCCAUGCUCACAUUGACUCGCGCAGACGGGAACCAUGGGUUGCUGGCGAGCCAUAUACGGGUAUGAUGCGAGAAGCAAUCAAACUAAGAUAUAGACUGCUACCAUUGUUCUAUACACAGUUCUACAAGCAUUCUGUCUCUGGAACUCCCGUGGUUAGUUCUCUCGCAUUUGACAGUCCUGAGAACGCAAACGUGUAUACCAUUGACGACCAGUUCUUUGUUGGGCCGCUGCUGGUAAAACCUGUCACCAGCCCAGACACACAUUCCGUGAGAUUGUACCUGCCGGACGACAAGCCAUACUACGAUUUUGUGUCCUUUGAGAAAAUCAGUGGUGAGGGCUUCCACGAGGUGGAAGCUCCGCUGGAAAAGGUUCCGGUAUUCCUUCGUGGGGGCUCGAUUUUGCCUUCUAAGGAACGGUACAGACGCUCGUCCAGACUGAUGAAAAAUGAUCCAUACACGUUGUAUAUUGCUGCAGACGAGGGCAGAGCCACAGGAGAGCUAUAUAUUGACGAUGGCGAAACAUUUGCCUAUCAGAGGGGAGAACAGGUGUUUGCCAGGUUUGAGCUGGACGGAGGCAAGCUAACAUCCACCGUUGAAAGCACGUACGAAACGGGCGUGAGGAUCGAGCGAAUCGUUAUUCUAGGCGGUCCCCAGGCCACGGCAGCCACUGUCGAGCAGGACGGGCAAAAGUGGACGGCUGAGGUUGUUGACCAGGGAACUCACGUAGUGGUGAGGAACCCUAAGCCUCUUGUUGCCAAGAACUGGACCAUUUCUCUAUAUUAG